AUGAGCAACAACAAUGGCACCACGACGGAUCCCCCAACGUCGAAUUCGCUGUCGGGCCUCGUCUCGACAUUGGCGCCCGUUGCUGCCAUCUCGGCCGUCUAUCUAGCCAUCUUCUUGGUCCUGCGAAGGAGCCAGAGGCGCUACUAUGCCCCCAGAACUUAUCUCGGGAGUCUGAAAGAGAAUGAACGCUCGCCGGCCUUGCCCAAUGGCCUCUUCAACUGGUUUGGCACGUUUUGGAAGAUUCCCGACCUGUACGCCCUACAGCACCAGUCGCUUGAUGCAUAUCUCUUUCUCCGUUACCUGCGCAUGACGGUCAUCAUCUGCUUCGUGGGCUGCUGCAUCACCUGGCCUGUACUUUUCCCCGUUAAUGCCACGGGCGGCGGCGGCCAGCAACAGCUCGAUAUUCUCACCUACGGCAACAUUGGCAAGGACAACCAUGCUCGCUACUAUGCCCAUGUCUUUAUCUGCUGGCUCUACUUCGGCUUCAUCAUGUACCUGAUCAUGCGCGAGUGCAUCUACUACAUCAAUCUGCGCCAAGCCUUCCUCCUGAGCCCCCUCUAUGCCGACCGCAUCUCGUCCCGCACUGUCCUGUUCACGUCGGUCCCGGCCCCGUACCUAGAUGAGGCCAAACUGCGAAAAGUCUUCGGCCAGACGGUUAAGAACGUCUGGAUCACGAGCGACACAAAGGAAGUCGAUGAUCUUGUCAAGGAGCGCGAUAAGACGGCAUUCCGCCUCGAGAAGUCCGAGGUCAAGUUGAUCAAGCUCGCCAACAAGACACGCCAGAAGGCUCUCAAAAAGGGUGCUAGUCCCGACAGCGCCGACAAGGCCAUUGCACCCGGUGACGCCGAGUCUGGCAGCAUCGCUGCGCGCUGGGUUCCCGACAAGAAGCGUCCGGCGCACCGCCUUGGCCUUCUGGGUCUGGUGGGCAAGAAGGUCGACUCGAUCAACUGGUGCCGCACUGAGCUCGAGCGUCUGAUCCCCAAGGUCGAGGCUGCUCAGGCCAAAUACCAAUCCGGAGGUUACAAGAAGAUUCCGGGCGUCUUCGUCGAGUUUAGAUCGCAGGCCGACGCCGAGGGCGCCGCCCAGAUUCUUGCCCACCACCAAGGGCUCCACAUGACGCCCAAGUACAUCGGCAUCCGCCCCGACGAGGUCAUCUGGAAGUCGCUCGCCAUCCCGUGGUGGCAAAAGGUCAUUCGUCGCUAUGCAGUCUACGGCUUCGUUUCGGCCAUGAUCAUCUUCUGGGCCAUCCCAGUCGCGGUUGUCGGCAUCAUCAGCAAUGUCCCCUAUCUCGAGACCAUUUCCUUCCUUACCUGGCUCACCAAGAUCCCAACUGUCAUCAUGGGCGUUGUCACCGGCCUCCUGCCUUCGGUGGCUCUUUCGAUAUUGAUGUCCUUCGUGCCUAUCAUUAUGCGCCUGUGUGCUCGGCUAUCCGGAGAACCCUCGCUCUCGCGAGUUGAGCUUUUCACGCAAAACACAUACUUCGCCUUCCAGGUCAUCCAGGUCUUCUUGGUCACCACCGUGUCGUCGUCUGCUUCUGCAGUUGCGAAGCAGAUUGCCGACAAUCCGGCCAGCGCCACCACUAUCCUGGCCAGCAACCUUCCCAAGUCGUCCAACUUCUACAUCUCGUACUUUAUCGUCCAGGGCCUCACCAUUGCGACCGGUGUUCUCACCCAGGUUGUUGGUUUCGUCGUCUUCAACCUCCUCUACAAGUAUCUUUCCGGAACCCCUCGUGCGCUCUACAGCAAGUGGUCGAACCUCAGCGCCAUCUCUUGGGGCAGCACCCUCCCGGUGUAUACCAACAUUGCUGUUAUUGCCAUCACCUAUGCAGGCAUCGCUCCCCUCAUGCUCGGCUGGGCUACGAUCGGCAUGAGCCUCUUCUACCUUGCGUGGCGGUAUAACGUCUUCUUUGUCACCGACACCAAGGUCGACACACGUGGCCUCAUCUACCCCCGUGCCAUUAAGCAGCUCUUCACAGGCAUUUAUCUGGGCGAGAUAGUCAUGAUUGGGUUGUUUGGCGCAUCCGUGGCGCCAGGCCCCCUGAUACUCAUGGUAGUUUUCUUAGUCUUCACCGUCCUGUUCCACAUCAGCCUCAAUAGUGCUUUGGAUCCUUUGCUCUACAACUUGCCGCUAUCGCUGCUGGCAGAAGAGGAGACCAGACUCCUCGACCCCGAGGUUGGCGGCGUGGGCCCGGGUCCGAGCUCCAAUCACGACGCAGAGAAGGUCAUCUCUGGGCAUGGUGCGGCCCAGAACAAUGAGAUCGCCCUUGCUGCAUCCAACCCUGCUACGUCAAAGGCGGCUGCCAAGAAGCCAAACUUCUUCCUGAAGUUCCUGAAGCCCUGGAUCUACUCCAACUACGAGACGCUUCGUGAACUUGUGCCCCGAGGCUUCUCUAUCGAUGCGUACACUGAGGCGGUUCACAAAAAUGCCUACUAUCCGCCGGCAGCCACAUCGCCCACUCCGCUGCUCUGGAUCCCCGAGGACGCCGCCGGCGUCUCCAAGCAGGAGAUUGCCCACACGAGCAAAGUGAUUCCCAUCACGGAUGAGGGCUGCGAGCUGGACGAAAAGGGCCAUCUCGUCUGGGACAGAGAGGCUACUAGACCCCCUGUCUGGGAGGAGAAGGUGCUCUACUGA